AUGCGUUCCUACACCCUAGUCCUCGCGCUUCUUGGCGUCGUUUCUGCUAACCCAACCCCCAAUCAAUGCAAGUCGUUCCCAGGAGACAAGUCGUGGCCUUCGCAAGCAGAGUGGAACAGCUUGAACAAGACAGUAGGUGGACGUCUAGUGGCAACCGUACCACUCGGAGCCCCCUGCCACGUUCCGACUUUCGACGACGCGACUUGUGAAAGUCUGAAGAAGGAUUGGCAGUUCGAGAAGAUUCAUUAUGAAUCGUCUUCAUCUGUAAUGGCACCUUUCUUUGCCAACCAGAGCUGCGAUCCUUUCCAACCUCGAGACCGCCCAUGUGAGCUCGGGAACUACGUCCGUUACGCUGUGGAUGCGUCGGGGCCUGCAGACGUCCAACAAGCGAUCGCGUUUGCUGCCUCCAAGAACAUCCGUCUCGUCAUCCGCAACACGGGCCAUGAUUAUCUCGGUCGUUCCACAGGCGCGGGCUCACUAGCGGUGUGGACACACCAUCUCAAGGAAAUCACCCAUGUUCCGACGUUCAAGGGUUCAGAAUACAGUGGCCCGGCUUUUAAGAUUGGUGCCGGCGUUCAAGGUUUCGAACUAAUGGCUGCUUCCCGAGACAAAGGCUUGGUCGUGGUUGGAGGCGAGUGCCCUACUGUUGGCAUCGCUGGCGGUUACACACAGGGUGGUGGGCAUUCCGCUAUCAGUACUAGCUUCGGCCUCGCUGCCGACAACGUACUGAAUUGGGAAGUCGUAACAGCAAGCGGAAAGCUUGUCAAUGCGAAUACAAAAGAAAACGCAGACCUGUACUGGGCUCUCAACGGCGGCGGUGGCAGCACCUACGGCGUUGUGGUAGGGAUGACUGUCAAAGCGCACAAGGAAGCUGUUUUCGGCGGCGCCUCACUGUCGUUCUUCACCACGGAAAACGACCAGGACGUGUUCUACGACGCUAUCCAAGCGUUUCACGAGGAGCUACCUGCUAUGGUAGAUGCCGGAGCAAUGGUGGUCCAUUACUUCACGUCUUCGUUUUUCAUGAUCUCCCCGCUUAACGCCUACAACAAGACGGAAGACGAAGUCAAGGCCAUGCUUGCACCUUUCGUCGCUAGGCUGGACUCCAAAGGUGUCAAGUACACCGCUGAAUACAGCGAAUUCGACACGUACUAUGAGCACUACGACAAGUACUUCGGCCCCCUUCCUCUCGGCAACAUCCAAGUCGGCAUCGCCCAGUACGGUACUCGCUUGAUCCCACGAAGUGUUGUGGGCAACAUCUCUGAAACCUGGAAGGCUGUCGUAGAGAAGGGAGUGACCUGGAUCGGAGUCGGAACAGAUGUGAAGGCGUUUGGUUCGGAGAAAACAACGUCGGUCCACCCGGCCUGGCGAAAGGCAAUCGUGCACGCGACCUUGACACUUCCAUGGAACUUCACAGCCCCGUGGUCGGAGGCGUUCGCAACUCAAGACAAGAUGACCAACGAGAUCAUUCCUCUUGUUGAGGCCGCAACACCUGGUAGCGGAUCGUACGUGAACGAGGCCGAUUUCCGUCAACCGAAUUUUCAGGAUACGUUCUGGGGCCAGAACUACGCCAGGUUAUUGACGAUCAAGAAGAAAUGGGAUCCUUCAAGUCUAUUCUACGCCACUGUCGGCGUUGGCAGCGAAGCCUGGACUGUUCGGACUGACGGUCGCAUGUGUCGUGCCUAG